GCGCGGGCGAGUCCAGGGUAGAGUGCGGGACACGAGCCUGGGCAGGAGAGACGGCCGGCUGCUUCGCAGGAGAAAUGGCCCACCAGAGCCAGGAGCAGAGCCUUCGGGAGGAGUUGACCUGCGCCAUCUGCUUCGAUCUCUUCCGGAACCCGGUCAUGCUGGACUGCAUGCACCACUUCUGCAAGGAGUGCAUCCAGCGCUAUUGGGACAGUUGCUCGGAAGUUGCCACCUGCCCCCAGUGUCGGCGAAAGUUCCCCAGCCGCUCCUUCCGCCCCCAGUACCUUGUUUCUGGAGUAGUGGAAACAGUUCGCAGGUGUACCUCUGAAGAGCACAGAAGGAAAAUGCAGAAACACCUCCAAGAGGCACUUCAGUCAUACAAAAUGGAGCAUAAGAACCUGCUGAGAAUGAAGCACGUGGCCAAGGAGAAUAUCUGCAGCCUGCUGAAAACCUCUGGUGAGCUGAAUGCAAAAAUCCGGGCAGCGUUUCAGCAUCUUCAUCGGACCCUGGAAGAGGAGGAGAGGACUGUGCUGAUGGACCUGGCCAGAGUGAAGGACAAGUGGCUGAUGAAGCUGGAAAGAGACUCUGCGCGACUCGCGGAGGGGGUCUCUGAGUUAAAGAAGCGCAUGGAGCACACACAGCAAGCACUGGACAAGCUGGGGAGCUCACUGCUGCUGGAGGUGGAAAAUGUGGCUGUAAGGCCAGCAGUGCAAGUGGGAUCACUGACCACCUUUAGCGUGCAGCAGUACCAGGACCUGUACGAGGGGCCCCUGCAGUACAUUUUUUGGAGGAGGAUGCUGAAAUCCAUCAGCCCAGCUCCUGCCGCUCUGACCUUGGACCCAGACUCGGCUCACCCGAACCUCGUCCUCUCCGAAGACCUGACUGCAGUGACAGAGAGAGAGGUGCCCCAGUCUGUGACCCGGAGCCCCAGACGUUUCCUGCAGAGCGUCAAUGUGCUGGCAAAGGAAUCUUUUGACAGUGGGAGGCAUUACUGGGAAGUCUGGGUUGGGAACAAGACUAAGUGGGAUCUGGGAGUGGCCGCACACUCAGUGGACCGGGCAGCAAAAGUCAAACUCUGCCCUGAUAAUGGCUACUGGGCCUUACGCUUGAGGGAGAAGUCUCAGUAUUGGGCUGCAGCUACUCCUUGGGUACGCCUGAAGCCACAGAGCUUGCUGAGAAAAGUGGGCGUCCUGUUGGACUGCGGGGCAAGGAAGGUGGCUUUCUAUAAUGCUGAGGACAUGUCCCAUCUCUUCACCUUCCACCAGGCCAGGGCCAGGAAGUUCUACCCCUUCUUCAGCACUUGCUUCAGUGAUGGAAACAAGAACGCUGAGCCGAUGAGGAUCUGCCACCUGAAUAUGUAGGGGUGGCAUAAAGUCUCUCUGCCAGACUCCUGAAGGCUCCUGGUUGCCUUCAGCGAGAGACACUGAUGGGCCUCUGGCCUCUUGCCCUCAGGGGCAGUUCCUGCCAUCUUCCUACGCAGAAGCAGAGAGAUGCCUACUCAGGUAGUUCCCUUUUGCCCCUCAGUUCUUGGGUAUCCCAUCCUUGCAGCAUAGUUUCUCUCCUGGGGAGUCCAACUGUGAUUAGUGCAUUGAGUGCAAUCCUCUAUAUGUUUAGAUGGAAACAGCUGGCUGUGGCAUGCUGGAAAUUGUAAGACUUUUUUUCUGUCUAAACAUACAUAGGCCUGUGCCCUAAGGGGCCUUCAUAUUUUUGUGGAAAGAAAUUUUAGUAGGAAAAAAAAAAGAAAUGGUUUUUUACUUCACAAAAACACAUCUCAAAUACACUUUAACCAAGCAAGCAAUAAUGUAAUAGAAUAUAUUAUUAGAACCAGAAAAAUAUGAAAUCAGAAUAUUACUGUCCAGAUCCUGAGAAAUGUUUCUAGGGGUGACUAUAUUUCUUCCCCUGGAUUAAUGUCAUUAAAGUAAGGAAUGUAUCCCAAACCAGUGGGAGUCAGUAGUGCACAACCUCUGGAUGAAAGAACGAAAGAAAGCAGGGCACAAAAGAAAGCUGGAGCUUAAAAGGCAUGGAGGCAAAAAAGUAUUCCUUAAACUCCCCAUGAGCUGUGUCUGCUACUGACGCAUGAAACACAAUGCAAUAUAAUCCUUCGUGCUGGUUUUGGAGGAAAUAUGAGUAGGCAAAAAUGCUCUGAAAUAAGCUUGCUCCAUGAGACAGGACUAGGGAUGCGUCAGGAUUUUGGGUCCACGCCCCUAACAAAACAGCCUGAUUCACACUUCCCAGAUGAAUAUGUGGAUCACAGCACAAUUGAUCCUUUGCACAUCUCUGAAUUUUGCAAUAGCAUUUUCAGUUCAAAAGUACACUAGAAGGCAUUGAAGUUAAAACUACAUAUUACACCAGGAGGAUGUGGCGCGCGCGCGUGUGUGUGUGUGUGAGAGAGAGAAAUUGGGGUAGAUACCUGCUUAUGGGUUUUCCAAAAGACAAUGUUUAUAAGCUGAAUAGCUAGCAGGAAGAAGUGGGGAUAAGGCCUUUACACCCCUGAGACCUGCUCAACAUCUUACAAGAAGCUGUUGCUGCUAAUAAGGUGUCCUGCUGGAGACAGGAAGAUGCAAUUGUAAAGAUGUCUAAUGGUCAGGACAUCAGGGUUGUAGUAAUUCAGAGUAAGUGUGUAUUUGGCAGAGGUGUGUCAGAGGUGAAUCAGUCAGUACAAGCAGCAAUUUGUUUCCAUCAUAAUAUGAAUAUCUCACUGUACCUCAUUAACAGCCUCUGCUGCCGAUUCUUCUCCUGGAGUUUUCCGUUUCAUAGGUUGUCGGUCUCUUUCCACUGUUCCUGUAGCUUGAUAAAUCGGUCUUUCAUGGAGCAUUGACAUGAAAGAAUUUCUUGAUACACGCAGUGGAAUUUCCUAUUCUUCAACUGUUGUUUUCUCAGAGGGCAUAAGAGUUCCUGCUCUUGCUGCGGCUUCUCCAUUCACCAGCAGGGGGCUCUGUCUGCCCACAGAACGUUCCAGCAGCUGCUCUUGACACUUUCUGCAAGGCUGUUGGCUGGCAGGUCUAUACACAUGGAAGCAAGGAGAAAAGGUGGUAGCACUAAGAUCAGAGGGAAUGACAUGCAAACAAUACAGAAUGGGCUUCUUAUAUUAAAGCUUAAGUUUAUGUAAACAAUUACAGCGACCAUUUGCAAAGCAGUGUUGUUCAUAAUGCAAAUACCCUCUCAUUGUUUCAUUGGUUAAAGCUUUUAGCAGGAUAAAAGCCAUGAUUUAGUCCACCAGUAAUAAAACUGAACUUUGAAGAUCAAGAAAA